UGGAGCAAAAGGUAGCGUUCAUUCUGUCCCACCCUGUCCGCCUCAAGGCAUCCCUUGUUCUGGUCAACUUUGAGAGGCGGCAGUCUGAGCUCUUUCACACUGUGGAGUUAAUGAAGACAGGAGAAUCCAGAGAAUGGAAAAUCAAGUUUAACAAACUUAAAACAAGUUUCAACAACUGUCAAUGCAGACUGGCUUAGAUAAGUGCAGAUUCAGGAGCAGAUUCAGGAAGCCAUACAAUUGGAGAGGAAGCCAUACGUCAAGGUGUCCAUCCUUCUGUGUUCAGAUAAUAGAGAAUAGUAAAUGCUACUGUUCUCAUUCAACAUUACUUCAGUUUCUCCUGAAAAGGAAUUGGGAAUUUCAUUGUGACGAAAGCAAUGAAUGAGAAUCGUUCAGCCACUACACUUUUUAGAAAAUGUCAGCUCGCAUUGUCUAAAAAUGACACCGUCUCCCUGGAUUCUGGAGAUGUUGGAGCAGCUCAAAGCGACUCCUUGUAUGAGCUGUCAGACCUGGACAACAUCUCUGUCCCGCCUGAAGACCAAAGUCUUGAGGGGGGACAGGAAGUGGUCCCAUCUGGCCAGCAGGGUGCGGACAGCAGACAGAACUUGAGGUCAAAGUUCCAGGGUGCGUUCAAGAAGGGCAUUGGUAACCCUAUGGACCUACUGGAAACUACCAUCUAUGAGUCCAAUGUUGUCCCGGGACCCAAGAAAGCUCCUAUGGACUCACUGUUUGACUAUGGCACCUACAGAAAUACAAGUAACCAGAAAAAACGGAGGAAAAAGUUACCAAGAGGUAAAACUGAGGUUUCCUGUGAGGAUGGUGCUAGUGCUGAUCCCCCUAAAGUAGUGAAAAUCUUCAACCGCACUCUGCUGUUUGAGUGUGUGUCACGUGGGGACCCUUUGUCUUUAGAGGGUCUAUUGGAGUUCCUGCAAACUUAUGAGAAGAGGCUGACCGAUGAGGAGUUCAGAGAGCCAUCAACAGGUAAGACGUGUCUGCCCAAAGCCCUGCUGAAUCUGUACAGUGGACAAAAUGAAACCAUCCCUCUGCUGGUGGACAUCGCUGAGAAGACUGGAAACCUACGAGAAUUUAUCAACACACCAUUUAGAGACGUUUACUACAGAGGCCAAACUGCACUGCACAUUGCGAUAGAGCGCCGCUGUAAACCAUAUGUGGAGCUUCUGGUGGAGCAGGGGGCAGACGUUCAUGCUCAGGCACGGGGACGCUUCUUUCAGCCCAGAGAUGAGGGCGGAUACUUCUAUUUUGGUGAGCUGCCUCUGUCCCUGGCAGCCUGUACAAACCAGCCCGACAUAGUGCACUAUUUGACAGAGAACCCACACAAAAAGGCUGAUCUACGGCGGCAAGAUUCACGAGGAAACACGGUGCUCCACGCUCUGGUGCACAUCGCAGACAACACUAAGGACAACACUCGCUUCCUCACUAAGAUGUACGACCUGCUGCUGAUAAAGAGUGCCAAACUGUACCCCGAGUGCAGCCUAGAAACAGUGCUCAACAGCGAUGGCAUGUCACCGCUCAUGAUGGCCGCCAAGUUGGGAAAGAUUGGGGUUUUUCAGCACAUUAUCCGACGUGAGAUCAAAGAUGAAGAAGUCAGACAUUUGUCUCGAAAGUUUAAGGACUGGGCUUAUGGUCCCGUGUACUCAUCCCUUUAUGAUCUUUCGUCACUGGACACAUGUGGAGAGGAGCCAUCUGUGCUGGAAAUCCUGGUCUACAACAGCCGCAAUGAGAAUCGUCAUGAGAUGUUGGCUGUGGAGCCCAUCAAUGAGCUGCUCAGAGCAAAGUGGCAGAAGUUUGGAGCCGUGACGUUUUAUAUCAGUGUCGUCUCCUACCUCACCACUAUGAUCAUCUUUACUCUAGUGGCGUAUUACCAUCCAACACAAGACACGCCUCCUUAUCCGUAUAAAACCUCCUCAGACUACCUACGUAUGGCCGGGGAGAUUGUGACUCUUGCAUCAGGGAUCUUCUUCUUUCUCACUAAUAUAAAAGACCUGUUCCUGAAGAAGUGCCCUGGAGUGAAGUCUUUAUUUAUUGAUGGUUCCUUUCAACUGCUGUACUUCAUCUACUCAGUCUUGAUUGUUGUGUCCGCUGCUCUGUACCUGUCUGGAAUCAAGGCAUACAUUUCGGUCAUGGUGUUUGCUCUCGUCUUGGGUUGGAUGAACACGUUGUAUUUCACCAGAGGACUGAAGCUUACAGGGACAUACAGCAUCAUGAUACAGAAGAUUCUUUUCAAAGAUUUGUUUAGGUUUCUGUUGGUGUACGUGCUCUUCAUGAUCGGAUAUGCAUCAGCUCUGGUAUCCCUGCUGACUGUAUGUCCUCCCGCGGGGUCAAACUGUGAAGAUGAAGGCUGUCCCACAUACCCAAAGUGCAGGGACCAGGACACAUUCAGUGUUUUCUUAUUGGACCUCUUCAAACUCACCAUUGGGAUGGGUGAGCUGGACAUGAUACACAGCGCACAAUACCCAGCCGUGUUCCUCAUCCUUUUGGUCACUUACAUCAUCCUGACAUUUGUGCUGCUGCUCAACAUGUUGAUCGCUCUAAUGGGAGAGACAGUGGAACAGGUGUCCAAAGAGAGCAAGAAAAUCUGGAAACUCCAGUGGGCUACAACCAUAUUGGACAUUGAGCGUUCAUUCCCAGUGUGUCUUCGAAAGUCGUUUCGAGUUGGUGAGAUGGUGACAGUGGGUAAGAAUUGGGACGACACACCAGACCGCCGCUGGUGUUUCAGGGUGGAUGAAGUAAACUGGACCCACUGGAACCAGAAUCUGGCCAUCAUUAAUGAAGACCCUGGAAAAAACGAGACCCACCAAGUUGAUGGACUACACCUGAGCAUGAGAGGCCUAAGGCGAGACCGCUGGUCCACUGUGGUCCCUCGCGUGGUGGAGCUGAACAGGGGACCUCGCUCUCGGGACCUGGUUGUGGAAAUGGAGCCUCUGACGCCCAGACACUGACCGCUGUAGAGACUGUCCAUCUUGUGCAGAGACAGCAGCAUUAGACAGACUACUCUGCUGGGGACUGUUGGGCUUUAAGUGCACUCAUUUACACACAUCUCAUGGGACUUUAUGAAGAAACCAGAGCAGCAGUUAGGACAAGGACAGUGAGUAUCAAGCACAACACUGGAUGGACUAUUUCUCUUUAAAAUGAUAUUGUGAAGUUAAAUGUUUCAUAUCCAUGGGCUUCAGAAUGAAGAAAAUUUAGAACUGUUGCCAUAGCAAUUAACAUUUUGAAACAAAAUAUCAUAUCUUUGAAUGUUGAAAAGUCCUCAAAAUGUUGCUGAUAACAGAAAGUUGAAACCCAAGGAUAAGAUUUGCAUAAGCUUACAGUAUAAGCAAGCUGCUAAUAACCAAAGCAUUGUAUGCCAAGCAAACAUCAAAUCACUGCCCAUGCAAGUUUCUACUUUGGAACAAAAUUACCCCUGCUAUUUUGACAGCUUUUCCACUCAGGGAUUUCAAAUGAGCUUUGCCAGUCACAUUAAGUAUUACAGAACAAGUUGUACAUUUUCUGAUGGGUAAUUGUGGCAUAUUUACAGCAUUGUUCAUUACAUUAGUGAUAUAAAUAAAGUGCAGAUUGGCAGAUUUUAUUGUACUGGAACAAGUAUUUAUAGUCUUUUAUAUCUAAGUUAUAUCUACUAUGUAUAUAUUGUUUCAUAAUAUAAAUACAUUUAAAGGGAUUACAUUCUUGCAAGUCUAUUGUAUAUUGUUUGCAUAAAUUCAAAUGUAUUCAGGAGUUUAUAUUCAUAGGAAUAUUAUUGUAAAUGUUUAUGCUAUAUUUCUAAAUAACAUCUUCCCAUUAUGUAUUUAGUUAAAAAAUGGCAUAUUUUGACCCAUUAUCAGUAGAAACAAGGCUUUCAUUUACUGUAAACUAGAACAAUGCAUUGUGCCAUUAUUAAAAGAAUACAAAGACAUUGUUUGGAGCAAGAUGGGCAUGAUGAGUAGGUUACAAUUGUCAAGCAUAAAUGCAAAUAUAAGACAAUAGCCCCCUCUAUUAUGGUCUCUCUUUGAAUUUCCCAUGUUAUUGUCUCUUUGCAGCUGGGGUAUUUGCAUAAUCAACUCAGGCCUUGCCAUUAUGUACUUUUCCAUAUUUGCUGCAGUGUUUUCAUUGCACUUGGCUCCUUGCCCUAGGUAGUAUUUAGUCUAAAUGUGCAUCAACUGUAGUCUGCAUUUGUGAGGCAUUCAGAAGCAGCUGUACAAAGCUAGAGUUUUACUUUUUUACCCAUGACGUUUAAUAAAAUAUUUGGCAAUCUU